UUUAGUUGAAAAGCUUCUGUGUCUUUCAGACAACAUCAUGUUAGUCCUGCUUAUUACUGUAGUAGUCUUCCCUCUGGUUGACUCCAUUGAAGUGACCCCUACGAUAAMAAUCCAUAGUGGACAACUUCAAGGUUACGUCGCAGACCUCAACAACACAGGUGGAGCUAGAGUCAGAAGAUACCUUGGAAUACCGUUUGCGAAGGCUGAGCGAUUUCAGCACCCAGAGCCUCCAGAACCAUGGGAUGGUAUUAAAAUCAUGAUGUCAUUUGGGAAAGCUUGCCCGCAGACGUUUACUCAAAUAGGAGCACAAACGGUGGAAGACAUGAGUGAAGAUUGUUUGAACCUCAAUGUGUAUGUCCCUGACGAUACAAGUAGCUCAUCACCUUUGCCUGUUAUGGUGUGGAUCUACGGCGGUGGGUUUAUUGUGGGUUCCAAUCGUAUAUAUGAUGGUAGCUACCUCGCAGCAGUCGGUAAAGUAGUCGUUGUAGUCAUUAACUAUCGGGUGUCGGUCUUCGGGUUUUUAACCAAUGGUAAAGACGGUGAUAUCAAGGGUAACUAUGGUAUGUUGGAUCAGGUUGAGGCACUGAAAUGGGUCCAGAAAAACAUCGAAGCGUUUAAUGGUGACCCUAACAAAGUUACCAUAUUUGGAGAGUCUGCUGGGGGUGCCAGCGUGUCUUUACUAAUGUUAUCAAAGCUUACCAAGGGACUUUUCCACCGUGCUAUUCCACAAUCUGGAGAUGCAUCAGCUCAUUGGGUUACGGGCACAUAUAAGAGUAGCAUCAAAUCAACGGAGGUAUUUGCCAAGAGCGUUGGAUGUCCAGCGGACCUAAGCAAACUUAGAGACUGCUUGAAGCCCAAGGACGCCAUGGCAAUUAUAAAUGCUUCCCUUGUAUGUCCAUGGCCUAAUUUCAGUCCUAUUGUUGAUAAUCACUUUCUUCAAGGUAGUCUAGGGAUUUUUGGGGGCUUAAACGUAACCAACGGUGUUUCCAGAGAAACCUUCCUAGCUUUCCUCAGAGGAGGAGGACUAUCUAGGGUAAUACCAGAUCCAAAGUCGGUUUUGAUAAAUACAACUAUCUACCGCUACACUGACUACACCAACGUCUCGAGCCCCAUCAUAAAUCGUCGUAUGUACGUGGAUCUUCAGAGUGAUAUGGGAUUUUUAGCGCCUGCCAUAAGGGCCGCCAAUGCACUUGUAAAGAAGAAAGCAAAGACUUAUUUCUACUUGUUUGAACAUCGAUAUGGAGAUCUUCUUAUGGGGUCGAAACUUCCAUCGUGGGUGACGUCAUACCAUGGAGCAGACAUCGCUUUUGUGUUUGGUUUUCCAUUAAUGAGCAGCCCCCCUGUGACGACAGAAACGGACGCAAAUUUUACACGUGAUAUCAUUAGAUAUUGGACGAAUUUCGCCAAAACAGGAGAUCCAAACAGUCCGGUUAGAGUGGAUGUUACUUGGCCUGAAUACAACCAGGAACAACAGCAAUACAUGUCAUUGAAACCUAAUAACAUGUCGAUCCACAGCCACCUUCGAGCUGAUUUUAUGGCAUACUGGAACUGGCUCAUUCCCGAAGCACUCCGUGCGGCAUCAGAACCACGUGGAGCUCAUCCAAGUCAUGUGGAGAAGCAAAAUACAGAAGGAAAAGAGGAAUUGUAGCAACUUCGAUCCGAUCGUUAUCACGUUGUCUAUCCAUGUUUUAAUAUAAAUGUUUUAAGAUUAAAUUUGUGACACCACAGGUUUAGUAUGUUCAGUAGAAAGAAGAAGACUUGAAAGUCCUAAAAAGAAAACCUAAGAUUAUCUAUAUAUGUAAUGUCAUUUCUUAUUAAACGGACUAUAUAAACA